GAUAAUGAAGCCUAUUGAUCCUAUUCUCCACGGAUGAUAAUCCCAUUAAGCACCGAUUUGUGACAAUUUAUUUUCGGAUGGAAUUUUCGUUAUUUUUUGGGCGACGAAAGGCCAUAUUCUUUGGAUAUUGAAGGCUACAUAUCACGGAUUUGGCCUGAUGCUUUUCUUCAAGGAUGAUUAAGUCCAUUAAGCACCGAUUUGGGCGGAUUUAUUCUUGGUCAACUUUAGGCAGAUUCCAAAGGGCAUCACAGAUUUCGAGCGAUUUUUCCGAAUUGCCAUUUUCUUUCGAUUCUGGAGGCUAAAGAUCAAAGAAUCAAUCAGAGGCUAUUCUCUACCUAUAAUGAAGUCUAUUGAUCCUAUUCUCCGUGGAUGAUAAGCCCAUUCAGCACAUAAUUGGGCCAAUUUAUUAUCGGAUGACAUUUUCUCCAUUUUUGGGCGACGAAAGGCCAUUUUCGUUGGAUAUUGAAGGCUACAGAUCACUGAUUUAUCCUGAGGCUAUUCUUCAACGAUGAUUAAGUCUAUUAAGAACCGAAUUGGGCGGAUUAAUGCUGGGUCAAUUUUUGGUAGAUUUCAAAGGGGUACCAUCGCAGAUUUCAGACGAUUUUUUUGAAAUGCCAUUUUCCUUCGAUUCUGGAGGCUAAAGAUCACAGAAUCAGGUCGAGGCUAUUCUACACCGAUAAUGAAGUCUAUUGAUCCUAUUCUCCACGGAUGAUAAGCCCAUUAAGCACAAAUUCGGGCAAAUUUAUUUUUGGAUGACAUUUUCGUUAUUUUUUGGGCGACGAAAGACCAUUUUCUUUGGAUUUUGAAGGCUACAGAUCACGGAUUCAGUAUGAGGUGAUUGUUCAAUGAUGAUUAUGUCCAUUAAGCACCAAUUUGAGCGAAUUAUUCUAGGUCAAUUUUUGGCAUAUUCCGAAGGGGUACCAUCACAGAUUUCAAGGGAUUUUUCUGAAAUGCAAUUUUUUCCCAAUUCUCGAGGCUAAAGAUCACAGAAUCAGGCCGAGACUAUUCUCUCCCUAUAAUGAAGUCUAUUGGUCCUAUUCUCCACGGAUGAUAAGCCCAUUAAGCACAGAUUUGAGCCAAUUUAUUUUUGGAUGGCAUUUUCGUUAUUUUUUUGUUGACAAAAGGACAUUUUCUUUGGAUAUUGAAGACUACAGAUCACGGAUUCGACCUGAGGCUAUUCUUUAAUGAUGAUUAAGUCCAUUAAGCACCAACUUGGGCGGAUUUAUUCUCUAUCAAUUUUUGUCAUAUUCACAAGGGUUCCAUCACAGAUUUCGGACAAUAUUUCCGAAAUGCCAUUUUCUUUUGAUUCUGGAGUCUAAAGAUCAUGGGAUCAGGGCGAGGUUAUUCUUCAUCGAUAAUGAAGUCUAUUGAUCCUAUUCUCCACGGAUGCUAAUCCCAUUAAGCACCGAUUUGUGACAAUUUAUUUUUGGAUGGAAUUUUCGUUAUUUUUUGGGCGACGAAAGGUCAUUUUAUUUGGAUAUUGAAGGCUACAGAUCACGGAUUUGGCCUGAGGCUUUUCUUCAACGAUGAUUAAGUCCAUUAAGCACCGAUUUGGGCGGAUUUAUUCUUGGUCAAUUUUUGGCAGAUUCCAAAGGGCAUCACAGAUUUCGAGCGAUUUUUCCGAAUUGCCAUUUUCUUUCGAUUCUGGAGGGUAAAGAUCACAGAAUCAGGCCGAGGCUAUUCUCCACGGAAUGGUAUAAUUUAUUUUUGGAUGGUAUUUUCGUAAUUUUUUGGGUGAUGAAAGGCCAUUUCCUUUGGAUAUUGAAAGAUACAGAUCACGGAAUAGGCCUGAGGCAAUUCUUCAACGAUGAUUAAUUCCAUUAAGCACCGAUUUUGGCGGAUUAAUUCUGGGACAAUUUUUGUCAUAUUCCAAAGGGUUCCAUCACAGAUUUCGGGCAAUUUUUCCAUAAUGCCAUUUUCUUUCGAUUAUGGAGUCUAAAGAUCAUGGGAUAAGGCCGAAGCUAUUCUCUAGCAAUAAUGAAGUCUAUUGAUCCUAUUCUCCACGGAUGAUAAGGCCAUUAAGCACAGAUUUUGGCCAAUUUAUUUUCGGAUGACAUUUUCGAUAUUUUUUGGGUGAUGAAAGACCAUUUUCUUAGGAUAUUGAAGGAUACAGAUCACAGAUUCGACCUGAUGCUAUACAUAAAAAAUGAUUAAGUCCAUUCAGCACCAAUUUGGGCGGAUUUAUUAUGGGUCAAUUUUUGGCAGAUUCCAAAGGGGUACCAUCACAGAUUUUGGUCGAUUUUUCCGAAAUGCCAUUUUCCUUCGAUUCUGAAAGCUAAAGAUCACAGAAUCAGGCCGAGGCUAUUCUUCAACUAUGAUUAAGUCCAUUAAGAACCGAUUUUGGCGCAUUAAUUAUGGGUCAAUAUUUUGCAAAUUCCAAAGGGGUACCAUCACAAAUUUCGGGCGAUUUUUCCGAAAUGCCAUUUUCCUUCGAUUAUGGAGGCUAAAGAUCAUGGAAUCAGGAAGAGGCUAUUCUCUACCGAUAAUGAAGUCUAUUGAUCCUAUUCUCCACGGAUGAUAAGCCCAUUCAACACCGAUUUGAGCCAAUUUAUUUUCGGAUGGCAUUUUCGUUAUUUUUUGGGUGACAAAAGGACUUUUUUUUUUGGAUAUUGAAGGCUACAUAUCACGGAUUCGACCUGAGGCUGUUCUUUAAUGAUGAUUAAGUCCAUUAAGCACCGACUUGGGCGGAUUUAUUCUCUAUCAAAUUUUGUCAUAUUCCAAAGGGUUCCAUCACAGAUUUCGGGAAAUAUUUCCGAAAUGCCAUUUUCUUUCGAUUAUGGAGUCUAAAGAUCAUGGGAUUAGGCCGAGGUUAUUCUUCACCUAUAAUGAAGUCUAUUGAUCCUAUUCUCCAUGGAUGAUAAUCCCAUUAAGCACCGAUUUGUGACAAUUUAUUUUCGUAUGGAAUUUUUGUUAUUUUUUGGGCGACGAAAGGCCAUUUUGUUUGGAUAUUGAAGGCUACAGAUCACAAAUUCGGCCUGAGGCUUUUCUUCAAUGAUGGUUAAGUUCAUUAAGCACCGAUUUGGGCGGAUUUAUUCUUGGUCAAUUUUUGGCAUAUUCCAACGGGCAUCACAGAUUUCGAGCGAUUUUUUCGAAUUGCCAUUUUCUUUCGAUUCUGGAGGGUAAAGAUCACAGAAUCAGGCCGAGGCUAUUCUCCACGGAAUGGUAUAAUUUAUUUUCGGAUGGUAUUUUCGUAAUUUUUUGGGUGAUGAAAGGCCAUUUCCUUUGGAUAUUGAAAGAUACAGAUCACGGAAUAGGCCUGAGGCAAUUCUUCAACGAUGAUUAAUUCCAUUAAGCACAGAUUUUGGCGGAUUAAUUCUGGGACAAUUUUUGUCAUAUUCCAAAGGGUUCCAUCACAGAUUUCGGACAAUUUUUUCGAAAUGCCAUUUUCUUUCGAUUAUGGAGUCUAAAGAUCAUGGGAUCAGGCCGAAGUUAUUCUCUAUCGAUAAUGAAGUCUAUUGAUCCUAUUCUCCACGGAUGAUAAGGCCAUUAAGCACAGAUUUUGGCCAAUUUAUUUUCGGAUGACAUUUUUUAUAUUUUUUGGGUGAUGAAAGACCAUUUUCUUAGGAUAUUGAAGGCUACAUAUCAUUGAUUCGACCUGAUGCUAUUCAUAAAAAAUGUUUAGUUCCAUUCAGCACCAAUUUGGGCAGAUUUAUUAUGGGUCAAUUUUUGGCAGAUUCCAAAGGGAUACCAUCACAGAUUUUGGGCGAUUUUUCCGAAUUGCCAAUUUCCUUCAAUUCUGGAGGCUAAAGAUCACGGAAUCAGGCCGAGACUAUUCUUCAACUAUGAUUAAGUCCAUUGAGAACCGAUUUCGGCGCAUUAAUUCUGGGUCAAUAUUUGGCAAGUUCCAAAGGGGUGUCAUCACAAAUUUCGCGCGAUUUUUCCGAAAUGCCAUUUUCCUUCGAUUAUGGAGGCUAAAGAUCAUGGAAUCAGGCAGAGGCUAUUCUCUACCAAUAAUGAAGUCUAUUGAUCCUAUUCUCCACGGAUGAUAAGCCCAUUCAACACCGAUUUGAGCCAAUUUAUUUUCGGAUGGCAUUUUCGUUAUUUUUUGGGUGACAAAAGGACAUUUUCUUUGGAUAUUGAAGGCUACAGAUCACGGAUUCGACCUGAGGCUAUUCUUUAAUGAUGAUUAAGUCCAUUAAGCACCGACUUGGGCGGAUUUAUUCUCUAUCAAUUUUUGACAUAUUCCAAAGGGUUCCAUCACAGAUUUCGGGAAAUAUUUCCGAAAUGCCAUUUUCUUUCGAUUCUGGAGUCUAAAGAUCAUGGGAUCAGGCCGAGGUUAUUCUUCACCGAUAAUGAAGUCUAUUGAUCCUAUUCUCCACGGAUGAUAAUCCCAUUAAGCACCGAUUUGUGACAAUUUAUUUUCGGAUGGAAUUCUCGUUAUUUUUUGGGCGACGAAAGGCCAUUUUCUUUGGAUAUUGAAGGCUACAGAUCACGAAUUCGGCCUGAGGCUUUUCUUCAACGAUGAUUAAGUCCAUUAAGCACCGAUUUGGGCGGAUUUAUUCUUGGUCAAUUUUUGGAAGAUUCCAAAGGGCAUCACAGAUUUCGAGCGAUUUUUCCGAAUUGCCAUUUUCUUUCGAUUCUGGAGGGCAUAGAUCACGGAAUCAGGCCGAGGCUAUUCUCCACGGAAUGGUAUAAUUUAUUUUCGGAUGGUAUUUUCGUAAUUUUUUGGGUGAUGAAAGGCCAUUUCCUUUGGAUAUUGAAAGAUACAUAUCACGGAAUAGGCCUGAGGCAAUUCUUCAACGAUGAUUAAGUUCAUUAAGCACAGAUUUUGGCGUAUUAAUUCUGGGACAAUUUUUGUCAUAUUCCAAAGGGUUCCAUCACAGAUUUCGGGCAAUUUUUCCGAAAUGCCAUUUUCUUUCGAUUAUGGAGUCUAAAGAUCAUGGGAUCAUGCCGAAGCUAUUCUCUACCAAUAAUGAAGUCUAUUGAUCCUAUUCUCCACGGAUGAUAAGGCCAUUAAGCACAGAUUUUGGCCAAUUUAUUUUCGAAUGACAUUUUCGAUAUUUUUUGGGUGAUGAAAGACCAUGUUCUUAGGAUAUUGAAGGCUACAGAUCACAGAUUCGACCUGAUGCUAUUCAUAAAAAAUGAUUAAGUCCAUUCAGCACCAAUUUGGGCGGAUUUAUUAUGUGUCAAUUUUUGGCUGAUUCCAAAGGGGUAUCAUCCCAGAUUUUGGGCGAUUUUUCCGAAAUGCCAUUUUCCUUCAAUUCUGGAGGCUAAAGAUCACGGAAUUAGGCCGAGGCUAUUCUUCAAAUGAUUAAGUCCAUUAAGAACCGAUUUCGGCGCAUUAAUUCUGGGUCAAGAUUUGGCAAAUUCCAAAGGGGUACCAUCACAAAUUUCUGGCGAUUUUUCCGAAAUGCCAUUUUCCUUCGAUUAUGGAGGCUAAAGAUCAUGGAAUCAGGCAGAGGCUAUUCUCUACCGAUAAUGAAGUCUAUUGAUCCUA